ACACGCGGUCUAGCAGGGAAGAUGACACCGGUCGAUGGGGAUAAAGGUCCCCGCAUCUGCAGAGCUUCAGACAAACCUUCCGAGCAUCUGCCAGAAUGUUUCCCUUGCCGAGCGGCGCCGUCUCAAUGGUGGCGUGGACGAUAAUAAUGAUGAUGUUGCCGGGCCAUGCCGACCUGAAAGUGGAUAAGCAAACGGAAGCCACGGUGAAGUCCCCGUUAGAAACGGUGACCCUGGAGCUGGACCCAAGCAUCUUGCAUCCUUCCCAGACUAUUCAGCCACUGCAAAACCGCUCCAUCUCGCCAUGGACCUACAACAAGUUGCUGGACGCAACCGUCUUCCCGCCGGUGUCAGAGGCCCGCUGUGUCUUGGUAGGCUGUCUGAACCCUGACGGCACCGAGGACGCGAGGCUACGAUCCAAGCCCAUCCUGCAUCAGGUGACGCUGCUGCGCCGCGUGGAGUCGCCGGAGCCGGGGGGACGGCGGCGCUUCCGCCUGGAGCCCCGCCUGGUGGCCGUGGGCUGCACGUGCAUCCGAGAUGUACGGCGGUCACCGCGAAGCUGA